ACGAGCCACACAAUGUGCUAUCUUGGGAAACUUGAUCCCGCCCGCUAAUUUAGGUAUACAGCGUAGGCUGCGGUAUUACUCUAGGCGUGGUAAGGCAGAAAACCAAGACAGGUUAUCAUCACAGAGUGCUUGAGAGACGAUAGUCGACGAAGACCAAUUUGCAAGAGAUAUUGAAUUUGUAAGAACACAAAAUGGGAAAAGGAGAAGGUCUAGGCGGUUGUUACGGCUGCAUCAAAUACUUGGUUUUUGCGUUCAACUUCAUAUUUUGGUUGGUUGGCUGUGCCCUCGUAGCAGUAGGGAUCUGGGCCUUGGUAGACAAAUCUUUCGCCGAUAAAUUUGGAAAUGAGAGCGUGGCGACUUACAUUCAGGCUGCUGCCAUAUUCCUGCUUAUUGUCGGCGGCAUCAUCAUGUUCGUCGGGUUCUGCGGGUGCUGUGGCGCCAUCAGAGAAAGCCAGUGCAUGCUGGGAACGUUCUUCGUUUUCCUGUUCAUCUUCUUUGUUGCCCUGGUUGGAGCUGGUAUCUAUUUCAUUGUAGCUAGAGAGAGUUUCAAAGAUGGCUUUGCCACCACCAUAAAAGCAGCCAUUGAUAAUUAUGAUGAUCCCAGCUCCAAGAGUUACUUGACAACCACACAGAAUACAUUUGAGUGCUGUGGAGCCUAUGGAGCUACGGAUUAUGGGAUUAAAUGCAUUGGCACAGCCUGUGGGUGUAAAGUGGAGAACCUCCUCAAAGGCUGUGCAGAUGCCAUGUUCAACCAGUUGGAAGAGCACAUUUACAUUUUUGCUGGUGUUGCCAUUGGCAUGGGAGUUAUUAUGUUGCUUGGAAUGAUCUUCUCCAUGAUGCUGUGUUGUGCUAUUCGUGACACCCAAGUGUAACCAUAGUAACUGACACCACACUGCCAAA